UCAAUUUCUUGGGUACCAGUUAGCGUCCAAUAAUUAUGACAUAUUAUUGACAUUGUCAAAUUUGUCAAUGUCAAUGUCACCGAAACGGUAUCUGACCGGCCCCUCCCUCCCUUCGUCUGCCGCUAUCUUUCUCUCAGAAGUUCCAACCAUGGCGGCCGGGGUACUUUACACCUAUCCAGAAAACUUCCGUGCAUACAAGGCGUUGAUCGCCGCACAGUACUCGGGAGCGGACGUGAAAGUGGCUCCUAACUUUGUGUUCGGUGAAACUAAUAAGUCAGCAGAGUUCUUGAAAAAGUUUCCAGCCGGUAAAGUUCCAGCCUACGAAAGUGCUGACGGCAAGGUUCUACUAUCCGAAAGUAAUGCUAUCGCUUAUUAUGUGUCCAACGCUGCACUACGAGGCACGGACGCGGCCACGCAGGCGCGCAUCUGGCAGUGGGCGUCCUGGGCAGACAGUGAGCUGCUGCCUGCAUCCUGCGCCUGGGUCUUCCCAUAUCUUGGCAUCAUGCAGUUCAACAAACAGAACGUAGAGCGCGCGAAGCAGGACCUGUUGGCGGCAUUGAAAGUACUGGACGCGCACCUGCUCACCCGCACCUUCCUCGUCACCGAGCGCGUCACCCUGGCCGACAUCGUCGUCUUCUGCACGCUCAUACACGCCUUCCAGCACGUGCUGGAGCCGGCGCUGCGCGCGGGGCUGCCGUGCGUGAGUCGCUGGUUCAGCACGCUGGCGGCGCAGCCCGCCGUGGCCGCCGUGCUGCCGCGCCCCGCGCUCUGCGCCGCGCCGCCCGCGCCGCCCGCCGCCAAGAAGGAUUCUGGAGACAAAAAGAAGGAAAAGAAACCUGAAAAAAAGGAACAGCCUAAGAAGAAGGAAGAACCUGCGCCAGAACUAGCUGACGAAGUAGAUGAGAAACCCAAGGAGUCGAAAGACCCCUUCGAUUCCAUGCCCAAAGGGACUUUCAACAUGGAUGACUUCAAACGUUGUUAUUCAAAUGAAGAUGAGGCCAAGUCCAUCCCCUACUUCUGGGAGAAGUUUGACCCUGAAAACUAUUCCAUCUGGUAUGCUGAAUACAAAUACCCCGAGGAGCUCGCCAAAGUGUUUAUGAGCUGCAACCUUAUCACUGGCAUGUUCCAGCGCCUGGACAAGAUGCGCAAGCAGGCCUUCGCCUCCGUCUGUCUGUUCGGAACCGACAACGACUCCACCAUCUCCGGGGUCUGGGUCUGGCGCGGGCAAGAGCUCGCCUUCCCACUGUCGCCCGACUGGCAGAUCGACUACGAGUCGUACGACUGGACCAAGCUGGACCCCGCCAGCCCCGACACCAAGAAGCUGGUGCAGGACUACUUCUCGUGGACCGGUGUAGACAAGCAGGGCCGCAAGUUCAACCAGGGCAAGAUCUUCAAGUGAGCGCCGCCUCGCUUUACCUGUAUUGUAUAAAGUACUUGCAUUUAUUUUGUAUUGUACCGCUGUCUGCCCGACCGGAGACUCGUGUCUUUGUAAUCCUGAAUGGGCAGUUAAAAUAAAUUGUUUUUUUAUUUAUGCACA